AUGUUGUUCCUUCUAAAACUGCUACAUCUCCUUCAUCUUCAAAAAAAAGGUGAUCAAGAGCAUGUUUCCUCUGAAGAAACCCACUCUGAUGAACCAAUCCAGGUUCCUAUUCAGAACCUCUUUAAAGGCGACGAUUCUGAUGAUGCUAAAGUUCCUUUGUCUGAAACUCCUUCAGAAAAAGGAUGUGAAAGGGAAAGGACCCCUAAGUCUAAAAAGAAGGAUGUGAAAGGGAAAGGCAAAGCAAAGGCUGAGAAAAGCAAGAGUGAGAAGAAGAAGAAGGCCCCUAUUAUUGUCUCUGAGUCUGACUCAAACGUUGAAGCAGAUGUCCAAGACAUUGUGCCUGCUGAGAAAAAGAAGUUUGCUGGAAGGCGUAUUCCAAAGAAUGUUUCUACUGCACCUCUUGACAAUGUCUCCUUCCAUUCUGAAGAAAAUGUUCUCAAGUGGAAGUAUGUCUAUCAGAGGAUACUUGCCAUUCAAAGGGAGGUUGGAUCUGAUGUGCUUGAGUGCAAUUGUUUUGAGAAGCUUGUAAAGGAAUUUGUGGUGAAUUUGUCUGUGGAAGUGAGACUUCCUGAGAGUGAUGAAUACAGGAAGGUGUAUGUCAGGACAAAUUGUGUGAAGUUUUCCCCUGAUGUGAUCAACAAGGUACUUGGAAGAAGAGUUGAUGCAGUUGCUGAUGAAGAGCCAUCCUUGGAUGUAGUUACCAAGGAACUCACUGCUGGGAAGGUUCAAAAAUGGCCCAAGAAGAAGCUUUUGCCCACGGGGAAUCUUAGUGUGAAGUUAAUUUACAAGAUUGGUAAUAUGAUUCCUGUUGAUUUUGAUACUUUUAUGUUUAAGCAGACAUUGAAGCAUGUAGAGACAUGUGUUGUGAAGUUGCCUAUCUCUUUUCCAUCUCUGAUCAUAGAGAUCAUUCUACAACAACAUCCCAAGAUUGUCAGGGAUGAUGAGGAGGAUAUGCUCAAAGGUGCUCCUAUCACUUUGGAUCAUCGUUUGUUUUCUAGGCCUCAUGUCCCAGACAUUGUUGUGCCAUCUAGCAGGACAUUUUCAUCUGCUCUUGUGAGCAAGGCUGGAAGAAGGGCUGUUAUUGAUGAAUUGCAGGUUGUGUCUAAGGCUAUUCAGGAGACUAUCACUACAAGUACUGCAAGGAAGGCCAAGGUGCAUGAGUUGUUGCUCAAGCUUCAAGAAGAAGAGGACCAAGAGGGUGAGCCAAGUGCUGCCCCUGCUGCUGCUACAGAUGCAAGCACUGAUGAAGAGGAAAUAACUGAUGAGAAUGGAGUGCUCAUGUGUGCCCUGGAUAUGUGGUGA